AAAAAAAAACAGUCGUUAAGCAUUUUUCUUCACUGUGCUAACGCUACAUCUGGUAGUAGUAGCUAUCCGUCAGCGGCCAUAUGUAAUUUAACCUCAUUCAUUCGUUUACAGACGCACUUUGCUUAUUUUUGUUUACACCAAACUACGGGUUUUAGGGUGGAAAGAGCGCAUUUCUCUCCGCUCCGUCAUCUUUUUGGACGUUAAUCAGUUUAUGUCCGUGCAGGCUGGGUUGUGACAGCACAGUAGCAACAAUGAUCGAGCGACCAGAGACUGUGGUUCCCAGCAUCGCUCAGCGGAACCUGGAGGGCUAUGUGGGCUUUGCCAAUCUCCCCAACCAGGUGUAUCGGAAGUCUGUCAAAAGAGGCUUUGAGUUUACUUUAAUGGUUGUCGGUGAGUCUGGUCUUGGAAAGUCGACACUCAUCAACUCUCUGUUCCUGACUGACCUAUACUCCAAGGACUACCCGGGGCCCUCCCAGCGCAUUAAGAAGACUGUGCAGGUGGAGCAGUCGAAAGUGCUGAUUAAGGAAGGAGGGGUCCAGUUGACGCUCACCAUUGUCGAUACUCCAGGGUUUGGUGAUGCUGUGGACAACAGCAACUGUUGGCAGCCAGUUAUAAACUACAUUGACAGUAAGUGCGAGGACUUCCUGAACGCAGAGUCGAGAGUGAACCGCAGAUCCAUGCCAGACAACAGAGUCCACUGCUGCCUGUACUUCAUAGCGCCCUCUGGACACGGCCUGAAGCCGCUGGACAUCGAGUUCAUGAAGAGACUCCAUGACAAAGUCAACGUCAUCCCGCUUAUUGCAAAAGCUGACACUCUGACCCCAGAGGAGUGCCAGCUUUUUAAAAAACAGAUAAUGAAAGAGAUACAGGAGCACAAAAUAAAAAUUUAUGAAUUCCCAGACACGGAGGACGACGAGGACAACAAGCUCAUCCGAAAGAUUAAGGAGAAGAUGCCACUGGCCGUGGUCGGCAGCAACGUGGUAAUCGAGGUGAACGGCAAGAAGGUCAGAGGUCGCCAGUACCCAUGGGGCGUGGCGGAAGAGGGCAUUUUUGUGGAGAAUGGGGAACACUGCGACUUCACUGUGCUACGCAACAUGCUGAUCAGGACUCAUAUGCAGGAUUUAAAGGACGUCACCAACAAUGUCCACUACGAGAAUUACCGCAGUAAGAAACUGGCUGCCGUCACCUGUAAUGGAGUGGACAAUACCAAGACCAAGGGACAGCUCACUAAGAGUCCCCUGGCACAGAUGGAGGAGGAGCGCAGGGAGCACGUGAUGAAAAUGAAGAAGAUGGAGGCUGAAAUGGAGCAGGUCUUUGAAAUGAAGGUUAAGGAGAAGAAGCAGAAACUGAAGGACUCAGAGGCUGAGCUGGAGCGGCGCCACGAACAGAUGAAGAGGAACUUGGAGGCGCAGUACAAAGAGCUGGAGGAGAAGAGACGGGUGUACGAGGACGAGAAGGUCAACUGGGAGGCUCAGCAGAGAAUCCUCGAGCAGCAGAAACUGGACGCCUCCAAGACGAUGGAAAAGAACAAGAAGAAAGGAAAGAUCUUUUGAAGAGACGAGACCUGUUUCUUCACCUUUACACAAACUCUUUUUUUUUAAUCCCCCUUUGAAGUUCGCAUUUACUGUGGCCCUCCGAACAUACACACAAAAACAACAGAUAUAACACUCAGCACAUUCCACAACGUACCUCUGGGUUACAUUUAACAUGCACCACGUGUGACAUGGAUGCCAUUUCCCUUCACACACACACACACACAGACACACACACACAUACACACACAACAAGCCCAUAACAUGCAAAGGCCCACGUGCUCGUCUCUCUGCAGGGUUUUACCAUUUUAUCUGUUGAAACCUUUUCAUUUUCAUGGGGAAUGCAUGUUUUUGUGAAAUUCUAUUUUCCUAUAUUUCCUGACAAAGAGGAGAAGCUCGAGUUCCUCUGAGCUACAAUACAGAGUUAACACAUGGCAGGGACCAUGCAUAGCCAUUUGUACACAUGUAGUGUAUGUAGUGUAGUAUGUUCUCUAGAUAUUCCAUAGAUCUGCAGAUAGACGUACUAUCCCUCUUUUAUUUUUCUCAAAACCUUAACACAGGUGUGUACACAUUAAAAACACUCAUAGACUCCAGACCUUGUUGAGAGUGUGUUAAGAGAAGGGAGAGUGUAUGUGUUAAGAGAAGGGAGAGUGUAUGUGAGGGAAGGUGGCAGCUGGGCGGGGAGAAGUCUGAUGGAAUUAAGGUGUGGUUUCACCAAGAAAGUGGCACAGUGAAAUGAAUCUCACUGAGUCUUUGCGAAAUUUGGUUUCUUCUGUGAAUAGUAUACAUAACUGCUUCCUCACACAACAAAAUAUUACCCCUCUGCUAUUCUCUCUAACAGAAUAUGUUAAAUCCCAAAGCAGUGUGCUGCGACACAUUCAAACAUUUAAAGGGUAACUUUUUUUCAACCAGGACCCUAUGUUCCUAUGUUUUUGUGUCUAAGUGUCUGAUGGAACAACAAUCUUUGAAAUGAGAAAACCUCUUUGAGACCUUUCUGUUUAACCAGAAACAGAUCUGAGGUCGCUAGAGCUAAUCCCACCAGACUCCAUUUAAAAAAACAAUACUUGUGUAUAGAGCCAACAUAUUUUCAUGUGUAAAUCAGUAAACUAUGUAUUUAUUUCAACCAAAACUUUUUUUGUGAUGGUUGGAAAAGUGGAAAGAUGACCCAAAACGGCUUUUCAUUUAAUUUUGUUUCUGUCAGCUUUGAAUUAAGUAUAUUUUACGAAGCUAAAAUGACAGUUUAUUUACAUGGAGUCUGGUGGCUUUAGCAGACGCAAUUUUGUGGAUGUUUUUAUGUUUAAAAAAUGAUCUAACUCUUUAACAGAAAGGUCGACCUCCUUAGAAAUCCUUACCAUAAUGUUGUCAGACACUUAGAAUAUUAAUCUGAGUCUGUCAGCGGCAAAACAGAACUUUUGUGAACAUAAGUAAAAGCUGCAGAAUUGUCCUUUUAACUUACUUAGUACUUAGCUUGUUUCACUGACUGCCGACUGCAGCGAUCUCUCUUAAUACUGGACCAAUGUCAAAGAUUGUUGUUCCAUCAGACACUUAGACACAAAACCAUAUGAAAAUAGGUUGAAGAAAAUGGUAAUUACCCUUUAAUAUACCUUUCCAAGAGUUUCCAUGUUUUAUUUUAAUAUGAUGAUGGUGGUGAUGAUAUUAAUAAUACUAUAUGUAAGGGUGAAGAACGACUGCGUUCUUGCACUGCUGUGAAAGGUUUGUCCCUUUAUCAUUUAAAGCAAAAUGCUACAGAGACAAACCUUUCACCUGCAGCACCUAAAAUAUGACGUGUAUGGACGUGUUUGAUUGAUGAUGGAAAUGCUUAUAUUGUGUACAUACUGAAGGCUGCUCAGUGGCCUUUUUUUCUCUUUUUUGUUUAUUUUUCAGAAUAUUAUAUGCCAGGAAUAACAACAGAACUUGUACUCGGAACAGAACCUAUCAUAUAAAACUUGUCUUAAGAACACAUAUACUGUAUACAUCUAUGCCAACGAGUACACUUUCUCAGGACUGCUCCGUUAUGCUACGUUUUCUCCUUAAGUCCAGAGAAAAGCAAUUAUGUGAACCUACAAGUUAAAAAAAGUGAUUUUUCUUUGAAAUGCUUGUGAAUCACUCGCCCUUCCAGUAACACCAAGUUAACAUACAUUUAGGUGGAUUUUCUUUUUGUAAAAUUUCCUUUUUUUAUAUAUAUAUAUAUAUGUACACUGUUUACUGCUUCUCUUCUUUUGUGUUACCAUGUGUUCCGUCUCUAACUGUACAUGGUUGAUAUUAAAGUUGACAUGGUUAUGCUUUAACUCCCAA